AUGGGAUAGGAAAUAUCAUCUCCCAUCAAAUGCGCAGGGGAUGACAACAUUAAGCAUGAAUAAUAUUUAGAGAAGAUAGAUCCAAGCGGUGAACAAAAGCUAAUGCACAUGUAUAAAUAUGCUUCAACUCCCUAAAAUUCCACAUAAAAAUCUAUUUUAACAUUUAACCCUGAUGAGCAAUCAGUUCAAGAAAAAGUAGAUUAAAAAAUUUUUUAAGUUCCAAUCAGUUUCCGAAAAGAAGAGGAUAGCAUAGAUAAAAUUAAUGAAUCACCAGUUAAAAGCAGUAAAUAAUAUUUUACUCAUGAAGAGUUAGAAGAGGAGGAAAAGGUAAAGAAAACUUCACCAGUGCAAGCAAAUAAAUAAUACUCUUAGACAGCUAAAAAUUCUCCUAUUAGCAAAAGCCCUCUUACUAGUGUUGCUAAUAAGUAGUUAAAUUAAUCACCACUAAGCAAAAUGCUUGAAGAUUUAGAAGUUAAGAGAAAAAGGCAUUAAGAAAUUUAAAAUAUGGGAUACCCAAAAGGAUUUUCUCCUACUAAAUUAGAGAUGAUCUAAGAGCUUAUGGCUCCUAAAUACUAAUAAGAAGAUAAUCAAAGAUCAACUGCUCAGAGAAAGAGAACACCUGAAUAAUCAGAUUAAUUUGUCAGUAAAUUAUUAUAAAAAGGUGAAGAGAUCAAGUUAAAACACCAAGCUUUGUAAGAAUAGCAAUUAAACAAAGAAUUUAGUGAAUGCACUUUUUAGCCAACUCUUGAAAAAUCUUCAAAUUUAUAUAAUAGUGGAAUUUUUAAUUCUAGGACAUUGCAAUCAUAAGCUAGCAAUGCAAAUUUAUAGCGAUCAAUAUAAGAUUAGAGUAACUACUAAUAUACAUCUUCUAUUCAGUAGCCAGAUUUAUAAUAAUAGAACUAUUUUUCUUAGCCUCACUAGCAACAAAAUAGACCUUAAAUUAUUUAAGAUCACUUGAAAAGUAGUUUUGGAAACAAUUAAAUUAAUUAAUAAGCACAAAAAUAAUAAUAGUAAUAUUAGUAGUAUGUUGAAAAGUUGUAGCAAACAUAUUUUUAAUAGCCUUAGCCUCAUGAAUAAUAAUAGUAAAAAAUUGAAAAAUAGCUUUAAUUUAAAAUGCCAGAAACAUAAUCUUUCUAAUAACCAUACCAAAACUAAUAAUCUGCCAAUAAUUUAAGUAGAAAUGUUCCUUAUUCAUUGCAAAAUUCUCCAUAGAACAAUAAAAGCACUGUUGAAAAUUCAUAGGUAUCUAAUUAUAGAGAUAGUACUCCAAAAACAAAAAAAAGUUCUAUAAGCAAACUUUCUUAAAUAUCGAAAUAAAAGUUAACUUCUCCUUAGAGUGUUACUUGGUAGAAAGAUAUUUCUCCUAGAUCUACCCUCAGCAAUUAAUAUUCCUAUCGUACACCUAAUAGUGUAAAGUCUCCUUCAUCAUCACAGUAGAUUUAAAAAAACUAGUCUAAUUUGAGAAAAAUAAUUUAAGAAAGCAAUAACUCACCAAGAAUAAAUUAAAAAUUAUUCCACAAGAAGGAUGAGAAUUAAAGUUAGAAUGAAGGUAGCAGCUUUAUGCAGAAUGCAAUUAAUAAAUCCAACAACUUUAAUUAAAAUUUACCUGCAGCUACUGAUAAUAAUAGUCAUGCUAAAUAUGAUAACUUUGAACUUAAUAAUUUUAAAGUCAACUAAGAUAAAAACGUUUUAAAAUAAGCUAAUUAAAAUUUUAUAUCAAAUCAUGUUCCUAAUAUAAAUAACAACCUAACAAGUUAUUAAGUGCCAGAUAAAUUUAAUUACUAAGCUAAAAGCAAUGCCCAAUCAAAAACUCCAAUUCAUAUGAAAAAUUAAGACUUUAUCAACUAUUCAAAAUCUUAACAGACUUCACCUAAAAAUUAUUCAUUCCAAGACUAAUUACACGAUAAUCAAAAUUAAUUGCCUAAAUAAAGUUAGGUGGACUUUACUUAUCCAAUCAAUUUAAGUUCUUAUAAUAAUAACAGCAACAAUAUAAGCUAGUUUGCUUAGGCCAAAGCUACUCCUACUUCUAAUCUAUUAUUGGUUCCCACCAAUACAAGCUAAAACAAUCUAUCAAAAAAUCCAGCAUAACUGAGUAAUGAUGAUUCAAACCAUUGGAGAUAAAAAGAGUUGUUUUAUCCUUAAAUUGAUGAUUAUCAGUAUAAACAGACUAAAAAUAGUAAAAUAUUAGAGUAGAGCUAUGCAAGCUUGAACCCUAAUAAUAAUAGUCUGACAGCAAGAUCAAGAUCUUGGAAGCAAUUUUUAGAUGAUUAAAAUAAAUUUUCAGAUGUGAAAGAGCUAAAUAUUUAGCAUUCAAGGGUGAAUAUAGAAUCAACAACAACAGCAGACUUUGUUUAUAAACCUGAAAUAUCUAAGAAAUCAAAACAAAUUAAUUCAAGUAAAUUGUCUGGAGAUAGUGAUGUUUUCAAAAGACUGAAUAAUUUAGUUACAGAAAGUGUGAAAAAGAAGUAUGGCUUAGAGAAUGAGAAAACCCCAGAAAAAUCUAGAGGAAAUUCUACAAAUAGAAUUCAUAGAUCUCCUGAAUAAUAAGAUUAGUUAUAUAAUAGACUUUACGAAGAUGCUUCCGUAAGAAAGGAAAAGAAUAAACAGCUUUCAGAUGAAGUUUUUACAUCAAUUACUGCCAGUACCAAACCUUCUAUAGCAGCUUAAAGGAUGAAUGAUUACUGCUUAGCUUAAAAAUUUGUUAAGGACUUUGAAGAAGAGCUAAGCCAUGUAGUAAAUUCAGAAUCCGUGCCACAUUCAUAUUCCCUAAAUUAUAAUUAAGUGUAAGACCUUACCAAGAGAUUAAGAUUUAUAAGUGACAAGAGUUAUAUAGACUCCUUUAACUAUGCAAAGGAAAGAGCUUUACUAAAUGAUCUGUGGAUUAUUAUGAAUGGUCAGAUUAACAAUGGUGUUAGAAGCAGAAAUCUAUUAUUAUUCUUUUUUGCUGUUCAUGGAAUUAACAUCGACUUGCCAAUAAUUACAAGUGAAAUGCUCAAUAAUAGUGUUUAUAUUUAAAAUGUAUCAGCCUAAAAAAUCAAUAUAUAAAUUUCAGAUAUCAAACCUGCAGAUAAAUUGAGUCCAGAUUGUGAACAAUAUCUAAAUACUUUUGGAACUGGAAAUCCAUAAAUUAAGUCAUAAGUGAUACCUUCUUUCCACAAUAUAUCAAGUGAUUAAAAACCCAUUCAGAAUCAAAAAAACAACUCUAGCAUAUAAUCUACACUAAAUAAAAUAGAAACACCUUUUAAUCCUGUUUCGAAUUCAGCAUUAACUCCUCGAAAUAGUAAUUCGCUUUAAAAUAAUUAGGUAGAGUAAAGCUAGUAAGAAACUUCAACAUUUAUACCUCCAAAUGCUUGCAAAAAUAUGUAAAUAGGAACUUUUGAUCCAAUUUAAAAUUGGUCAAUAUCUCCCAGCGAUGUUAAAAUGAUAUAAAAUCAGUUUAAGCUAUGGUAUUUAAAUAGAUUACAUUAAACAAAAAAUAAAGAUUAGCUCAGUAGCAAUAAUUAAGAGUAGCCUUUUUCUCCCAGAAAUGGUGUAAACGGGCAAUCUUAAAUUCUUCAUAAAUCACAGUCAUUUAUUUCUCCAUACAAAAAUAAGAAUACUGAAUAAUUAGCAACUAACCACAGACAAAGAAUGAUUUAAAUUGCCAAUGUUGAAGAAAUACCUUUGUAAAGCAAUUUAUCAAAUGCUGAUAUUCAAAAUGCCAGGAGACUUGCUUAAAUAAAAAUAAAUGAAAAAAUAAAAUAAGAAAAAGAGUAGUAAUAACUUAAUUAGUGCACUUUCCAUCCAGAAACAGUUUCAUCCCGCUCUCCUUUCCGUGAUAACCAAAAUAAAUCUGUCUAUGAAUAAUUGUAUGAUCAAAGAAAGAAAGAACUCAAACGUGAUAAAUCUAAAUAAGAAGUGGAGUAUGAAAAAGAAUGUGAUGAAUGCACUUUUAAUCCUCAGAUAAAUACUAAUUACAACUCAAACAUUAAAAGAAAUCAAUCUCAAUAAAUGCAGUAGCCUUAUGUUAGAAACGCAGAUUUAGCUAUUAAAAGAAUGAAAUAAGCAUAAGAAGAGCAUUAAUUUAAAGAAAAGUAUAAAUCAAGAGGUUAUGAGUUUCCUAAAAGACCAGCAAGUUUACUACCAAAUAACAAUAGCAACAAUGUUUCAAAGUCACCAAGACCUUCUCAUAAUUAAAAAAAUAAAUCCAUACAAAUAAAUCCUAAGCAAGGUUAGAAUCCUAUUGAGAAAAACAAAUCCAAAAAUGUAAAUCUACCAAGCGAAUAUUCAACAAUUAAUUUUUAAAGUAAUGGUUAAGGUGAUUCUAUCUAAUAAUUGUAUAACAACAAUAAUGGGACAGAUAUGGAUUAUAAUUAAAUGCAGAAUUAUGAAAAGCCCAUCAUGCUUUAUGUUGAUGUCAACCUUGGAGAAAAUCAAAUGUAAAGGAUAGUUGUUCGUGAAGGAGAUAAACCUGAAUAGUUAACAGAUGAAUUUAUAAAAUACUACUAAUUACCAUAGGAAAUAAAACCUAAAUUAGUUGAAUUGCUUGCUUAAUAAAUAAAUUCAUAUUUAUGUUAAGUUGAUGAAGACAGGAGAGAAAGUGAAUUUUGA